AUGAAUCUAUCAACGACUAUUGCAGAACUCUCACCCCCGCCGGCGGGGGUGGAUCUCUCCCAGGACCAGAAUCUGCCGAAUAACAUCGCCAUCAUCAUCGUGUGUGCUUUGGCAGCGAUUGUCCUUCCGAUACGCAUCUUUGUCCGCAUCCGUACGAAUAAAACACUACGAAUUGAUGACUGGCUUAUGAUUAUUGCGAUGGCUCCUCUCGGUGUAUUGUUUGCAAUCAACUUCGUCGUAAUCUAUAAUUUCGAACUCUGCAUGAUCAAAAUCUCUAUUCUGUUGUUCUACCGCCGCGUCUUCGGCAUGAACCCACUGAACUGGCUAGCUUGUUUCUUCUCUGUGGGCUGGUUCAUCGGAUGUACCGUCGCACUCUGCUUGGCCCCCGCGCCAAUCUCCUAUUUCUGGACUCAAGUUGCCGAUGAAACGGGCGGAUACUAUCGAUACAGUUUCUACAGCUAUUAUGUGGGGAACGCGGCGACGAAUGUCGUCUGUGAUUUCCUCGUGAUGACCGUUCCGAUUCCAAUCGUUUGGCGCUUGAAGAUGCGUGUAGCCCAGAAGAUCAUGGUUUCCAUCGUGUUGUUUUUGGGAUGCUUUGUCUUCGCAGCAAGUAUCAUCCGAAUCCACUACCUGACAAAACUAAAAGGCGAGGGUUCGAUCGACAUCACCUGGAACAUAGCACCCGUAUGCCUCUGGUCCACAAUUGAACCUUGCAUCUCAGUGAUCGGCUCCUGCCUCCCCGCAAUGCAACCAGUCGUGCAAUGGGCACUCCAACUCGAACACAAUUACUACAUCCGGAAACGCAUGCCUUCUCGCGCGAGGGAUUCUAUUCGUGGGAUCUUCAAGGGGACGGGGGCUAGUAUUGAUGUGAACAGUACAGGCCGCAGUAUGACGCCGAUUGAUUCGUUUGGGGGUAAAAAGGAGGAGGACGUUGUGAGGCUGUUUGCUCAUGCUGCGCGGGUGGAGGCUAGUCCUGAGCCUGAUCGGAAUUUGAAUCCGCUGGAGGAGUAUUUGGGUUUGAAUUAUAUUCGCGUGCGGCAUGAUGUUGAGGUGACGAUUGAUCGGAAGAGUUCAGUUUGA